AGAUGAACAAGUAGCUACACAAUGCUCCUGGAGCUGUUUGGUGAGAGGAGGAAGAAGGGCACGACUCGCUCUCUUCUUCUCCUUAUGUGGUGUCUAAAACUAGCAGGGAUCAACCCUUUGCAUGGAUGUCCCGAGGGGUUUAUAUAGGCCUACCCCCCAGGGGUACAAUGGUAAACCGGCUGGGCGCGGGGCCCAGCCGUCUGUGUCUACACUCGCCGGCUUCUGCGCCGGCUGGUGGAUCCCGCUGGCUGCCGGCUCCUUGGCCGACAGGCAGGCCCCACUGUCCAGGGCCUGGUCGGUGGCUGAUUACUGUUGCUCAAUUCUGGUGGCGAGGGCUUCGCCGAGGUGGGCGUGGCUACAGUGCCGCCGUCUGGCGGGUGAUCACUGUAGCCUCACUGCGUCUUGUCUCCUUAAUGGGGUGUCCUCUCCGAGGAGAGGGCAAGCCGGAUGUGGAGAGCCGGCUCUGUCUCGGGCCGACUGGGGGAGGACUGGCCGCCUUCGGGUGUCUCUCUGCCCGAAGGGGCCCACCGCCUGUGGGCCACACUGGCAGCCCGUCGUGAAUGGCAUCAGGGGCAACGUGGCAACAGUGCUGCGCCGGACGGGUCAUGGCCACCCGUACGACGCACUGUGCCAGACGUGCUCCGAGAUUUGGGGGUGGCAGGCUUUACUGUAGCCACGCCCCGUCACAUCGCCGUUACGUGGAUGCAGACUUUGAGGGUACGAUCUUAACCGCUUUGUGGGAGCCGGCUUCUUGGAGUCGGCCUUCUCACGGCCGGCUCCUCGGAGCCGGCCCUCCCGUGACUCUCUUCAUGAGGGCUGAAGUCGGGCCGCCUUUCGAUAGUCGGCCUGGGAGUCAGCCGGCAAAGGGAAGGCGGUCCCAUGUCUUGGUUUCUUGAGGGCCGAAUGAGUUUGUAAUUUUUUUCAGAAGGGCUAGGGGGAGCCGGCUAAGCUACCCAUGAUUAUUUACUCCGACAAAAGUACUCCUUAAUUAAUGAUUUUGUCGUUUAGAUUUUCCUAAUAGAUUUUUUUUGAGAGAAACUCGCCAUCUUUAUUCAACCAAAGCAAAGGUCAUAUGUACAAGGUUAGUUAAUCAGACCACUCACAGAUGCACUCCUCGUCUAAUCAGACCACUCACCAGCCCACCCGAGCCUAGCCCAACCCAGCAACCAAGCCCACCCAUCUUUUUUUAGUUGAGCCCACCCACCCCAUUGGCCCAUAAGCCGCGACUCCGAAGGGCGUAGGCGCGAAAAAUAGCACAUAUUCCAGCGCCAAAACAAUCCGAAAACCGAAACCGUCUCCCCCUCCGGCCCCGCCCCUGCACCCGCUUCGCGCCAAUUCCCGCCACCAACCCACCGGCGGCGGCUAUGGACAUGUCGGCGAUCGCCGCCCGCCUCGGCCUCUCCGGCUCUCGUCCCUUUGUGCGCAAGGCCGCCGAGCUCCGACGCCUCUGCGACAUCAACUUCGACUCCUCCGUCCUCGGCAUCGUGAGCAUCCCGCACCGCCCCUCGAAUCACCUCCUCUCCCUCGAUCUCUCCGUCGUACGUGUCUCUGAUGCUGGUUUCGCGCAGGGGGAGGUGUGCAAGGCCAUCAUCUGCCUUGAGGUCGCCGCGACCAAGUUUCAGGUGAUGUUUGAUCGGUCAGAGGCGGUGCAGAUGAGUGGGAUGUCGGAGAAGGCAUACAUCAGAUCGUUCAACGCGCUGCAAAAUGGCCUUGGUGUCAAGACGACAUUGGAUGUGCGUGAAUUGGGCAUCCAGUUCGGCUGUGUCAGGCUGAUACCUUUUGUGCAGAAGGGAUUGGUGCUGUACAAGGAGCGUUUCUUGGCUGCAUUGCCUCCUUCUCGGCGAUCAAGCACGGACUUUGGUCGGCCAAUGUUUACUGCAGCAGCAUUCUGUUUAUGUGCAAAGAGGCAUAAGCUCAAAGUUGACAAACUGAAGCUAAUUGACCUGUGUGGUACAUCUAGCUCUGGAUUUACAACGGUUUCGACAUCUAUGGGGGACCUUUGUUUUGAUGUUUUCGGGAUAGCCAAGGAGAAGAAGGAUCCAACCUCCAUCAAAGGAAAUAGAGAACUGCUGGAUGUUUUGCCUAGCAAAAGGAAACAUGAGGAUGACAGCGAUCAUUCCGAUGAAUCAUCGGGGAAUGACAAUGAUGACAAGCUAGAUGUAUGAGCCUGCUUAAUAUGAGUUGCUUUUCAAGUAUUACUUUAAUUGUUAGUUGUGAAAUUCAUGACGUAAACCUACAAGUGUUUUGUAAUGCCCACGAUGCGGCUAUAUCUCCCACGUGUCGAAGCACGACUUAGAGGCAUAACCACAUUGUAAGCAAUGUCGCAAGUGAGGUAAUCUUCACACAA